UCUGUCAGGAAGCUGUGUGGGAAGCCUAUCGAAUCUUCCUGGACCGUAUCCCUGACACGAGUGAGUACCAGAAUUGGGUCAGUGCCUGCCAGAAGGAGACUUACUGCAUUUUUGACAUUGGAGAAACCUUCAUCAAUUCUCAGGAGCUCCAGGAACUUCUCCAGCAGCGAUUAAAGCAUCAUUUCCCUGAGAGAAAAGAGGAAAUUCUCACAGAGAAGGCAAUAGAAAGUAAAAAGUCUGAAGAAAUCCCUGUGCUUCCUACAGUCUCAGCAGGUGCUGCUAGCUUCUCUCCACUUCCCUUCACAUCCACUCCUAAUGGCUCACUUCUCAACAAACUUUUCAAUGACACAAAGACUCCUGUGAAGGAUAUAGAAACUGAAAUCACUAAUAUCAUAUCAGAGGGACCAUUGGAAGAGAUGUUAGAAUUUAGUGUCAACCUAGCAGAUCAGAAAUUUAAGGCAGAACUGAAUGAUCCAAGGUCCCCAUACUACCAGGAACUAGCAGGAAAAUUUCAACAUCAG